AUGAAGCCUAGCCUUCUGCUCCUUGCCGCCGCCUCGGGCGUGCUGGGCUCUCUCAACUGCACGACGACCCGGCCCCCUCAUCAGCUACUGCUGCCCGAACACCAACUCCGAGUCGGUCAAGACGUCGCCCGUUCUGACGCACCGCACAGGAACUGGUACUGGAACUGGAACGGCCUGUACACGCCGUACACGACGCAGAUGCGCGACUGCUACCUGGGCAACAUGGCCUUCAACGACCUCAAAGUCCUCCCCGAGUGCAUCGACGACCAGUUCGUCCUCGACUACACGCGCGGCCGCUCCGGGCCCCUCGACGCCUGCAACCCCAACUGCGUCAGCCAGAACAAGUUUCCGCCCGACGUCUACUACGGCGACAAGCAGACGGGCCACAACAUGGCCGUCGAUUUUCCCCGUCCCGGCGCGCCGCCAGGCCCUGGACCAGGUCCCGGCCCCAGCCCGGGUGUCCCGCCUACGAUCCCGCCCGGCGUGCCCCCGACCGUGCCGCCGCCGGGGGGCAACUGCGCGGCGCUGUGGGGGCAGUGCGGCGGGCAGGGGUGGAACGGGGCCAAGUGCUGCUCGCAGGGGACGUGCCGGGCGCAGAACCAGUGGUAUUCGCAGUGUGUGAACUGA